UGCGCUCCCAACAAGCCCCGCGCGCGGCCCGUUAGGCCCCGGGGGCUGUGGACUUACCUGAGCUGUCGCGCGCUCUCUUCCACUGGGCAUCACCGUGAGACGGGUUCGGCGCCCCAGCUCUGGCCUCUGUGAACUGUGCUUCUCCAGGCAAGUAAACCCCAAGGAGGACUGACCAGUUCUUGAAUUUCUAAACCAUGGCCCAUGGAUCAGUGAUGUUCAGUGAUGUGUCCAUAGAUUUCUCUCAGGAGGAGUGGGACUACCUGGACUUGGAACAGAGGGAUUUGUAUAGAGAUGUAAUGUUGGAGAACUACAGCAACUUGGUCUCAUUGGGAUGCUUCGUUUCUAAACCAGAUGUGAUUUCCUUAUUGGAGCAAGGAAAAGAGCCCUGGAAAGUAGUGAGGAAAGGAAGAAGACGAUAUCCAGAUUUGGAGACCAACUCUGAGACCAAGAAGUUAUCUUCAGAAAAUGACAUUCACGAAAUAAACUUAUCCCAGUGGAAAAUAAUGGAGAGAAUUAAAAACCAUGGCCUUAAGAGACUCAUUUUAAAAAAUGAUUGGGAGUCCAAAAGAAAAUUUGAAGGACAAGAGGAAUAUUUCAAUCAAGUGAAAAUUACAUCUCAAAAAGUGUCCUCUUACCAAAAACACUCAUCUUUUUCUUCACAUCAGAGAAUUCAUUUUGUCGGGAAACCCUAUGAAUGUAAGGAAUGUGGGAAGGCCUUUAGAGUACGCCAACAACUUACUUUUCAUCACAGAAUUCAUACUGGUGAGAAACCUUAUGAAUGUAAGGAGUGUGGGAUGGCUUUUAGACAGACUGCACAUCUUACCCGACAUCAGAGACUUCAUUCUGGUGAAAAACUCUAUGAAUGUAAGGAAUGUGGAGAAUCUUUCAUAUGUGGCCCAGACCUUAGAGUACAUCAAAAAAUUCAUAUUGGUGAGAAACCCUAUGAAUGCAAAGAAUGUGGGAAAGCCUUCAGAGUUCGUGGACAACUUACUCUCCAUCAGAGGAUUCAUACUGGUGAGAAACCCUAUGUAUGUACAGAAUGUGGGAAGGCCUUUAGACAGUAUGCACACCUUACUCGACAUCAGAAGCUUAAUAUUGCUGACAAACUCUAUGAAUGUAAAGAAUGUGGGAAGGCCUUUUUGUGUGGCUCUGGCCUUAGAGUACAUCACAAACUUCAUACUGGUGAGAAACCCUAUGAAUGUAAAGAAUGUGGGAAGGCCUUUAGAGUACGACAGCAACUGACACUCCACCAGAGAAUUCAUACUGGUGAGAAACCCUAUGAAUGUAAGGAAUGUGGAAAGACUUUUAGUCGUGGUUAUCAUCUUAUUCUACAUCACAGAAUUCAUACUGGUGAGAAACCUUAUGAAUGUAAGGAAUGCUGGAAGGCCUUUAGUCGUUACUCACAACUUAUUUCACACCAGAGUAUUCAUAUUGGUGUUAAACCCUAUGACUGUAAGGAAUGCGGGAAGGCCUUUAGACUACUCUCACAACUUACACAACAUCAGAGUAUUCACAUUGGUGAGAAACCGUAUAAAUGUAAGGAAUGCGGGAAGGCCUUUAGAUUGCGCCAAAAACUUACUCUACAUCAGAGCAUUCAUACUGGUGAAAAACCCUUUGAAUGUAAGGAAUGUAGGAAGGCCUUUAGGCUUAAUUCAUCUCUUAUUCAGCAUCUGAGAAUUCAUUCUGGUGAGAAACCCUAUGAAUGUAAGGAAUGUAAGAAGGCCUUUAGACAACAUUCACACCUUACCCAUCAUCUGAAAAUUCAUAAUGUAAAAAUAUAAGAAAGCCUUUUUAGUCUAUGAAUGUAGUAAUUAGUUCCUUUUGCUUCCUCCAUGCACCUGACUUGGCAUAACGGGGUUUAAAUCAUUAAAAGAAUGUGUUAAUUUAAUAUAUUCCACCAUCACUUAGACCUGAGAAUCUUCACAUUCAUUCUAGAAACUAAUCCUAUUAAUAUAACAAAUGUGGGAAAGACACAUCAUCAUUUCUAGCCCAUCACUUUCCUACCUGUGUUAUAUUGAACAAGAUGUUUAACUGCUAGAUGCUAUAAUUUCUUCAUUUAUAAAAUUAUAAUACUGUGGCAGAAUAAAGAUUACUGCCGAUUCUUUGGUACUCCACCCAUCAAGACGUGGAAUCCACAUCCUUUCCCUUUGAAUCUGGGCAGACUGUGACUACUUUGACCAGUAGAAUAGCAGAAGUACUGCUGUGCUAGUUUCCGGACCCAGACUUUACUGGUAGAUAUUGCCUCAUCUCUUGGAAUACCCUCUCAAGUUCAGACCUGAACUGUUAUGUUAAAAAGUCUGGCUACUCUGCUGAAGAGACCACAUGGAAAGGCCCUGAGACUACAUAGAGAAGGAGAGGCACUCUGCUGUGCCCAGUCUUCCAGAUUGCCGAUGAAAACAUCAGACAUUUGAGUGAAAUAGUUUUGGAUCCUCCAAACCAGCCAUCAGCUGAAUGCCAGUGAAUAACCUCAGUUGAUGCCGUGUAGAACAGAAAAAUCCACCAACUGAGCCCCUGCCCAAAUUCCUGACCCACGAAAUCAUUAGAUAUAAUUAAAUGGUUGUUGUUUUAAGCUACUAAAUAUUGUUUUAUUAUUAUCAUCAUUAAUAUUACUCUUGAAAAUCCAUAUGAAAGACUAUGGGCACAGUGAAUAUAGAAAUGCCUUCCACCAACACUCAUCCAUUAUUGAAUGUCAGAUAACUUAUUCUUGUUAAAAUAGUGAAAGUGAGAAAUCCUUUUUCAAUUUUUUCAUAAAAAAGAAGAUAUUCUACAAUCUAUACUCUCUGGCCUCAGUAUAAAUUUGAUUUAAAAUUAACAGAGGAUGGAUGGACCUAGAGAUUGUCAUACUAAGUGAAGUAAGUCAGACAGAGUAAGACAAAUAUUGUAUCACUUGUUUGUGGAAACUAAAAAUAGUACAAAUGAACUUAUUUACAAAACAGAAACAGACUCACAGACAUAGAAAACAAACAUGGUUAUCAAAGGGGAAGUGGGGGGAUAAAUUAGGAGUAUGGUAUUAACAGAUAACAUACUACUGUAUAUAACAUAGGUAAACAAUAAGGAUUUACUGUAUAGCAUUGGGAACUAUAUUCAAUAUCUUGUAAUAACUUAUAAUGGAAAAUAAUUUUUUAAAAGAAUAUAUGUAUAUAUAUAUAUUCACUGUAUGAAUAUAUAUAUACACACUGUAUGUAUGUAUAUACAUAUAUGUGUGUAUAUGUAACCAAAUCACUGUGCUGUAUACCUAAAACUAGCACAAUAUUGUAAAUCAACUAUACUUCAAUUAAAUACAUAAAAUUAACAAAGAAUAAGAUAAAAAGAAACUAUUUGGAAAUUAAAAGUCACCUAUAAGUCCAGCAUCAAUUUUUAAAAAUCCAUUGUAGCCUUUUAAAAAAAUGCUCAAAUUGUCCUAUAUUUGGCCAGUGGGAAUCCCCUCAAUUUGGAUCCUUUGUCCUUUUGUCAUGAUUACUGUAGCCUGUGAUAGCUUCCUUUUUUUCUAACAAAAUGCAUUGGUCAGCUACAGAGCACAUUAGGGCAUUUAUUAAUAAAUAAAGGGGAAAUGGAGCAUUUAUCCUGCCUUUCCUUUAUGAACUAUAUUUCAAGACAACCAAAAGUUGAUGAAGGAAAGUUCUUUAUUAUUAGAGAAUUCUAGCUAAUAAAGGUCAAAGGAAUGAUAGAAUCCAAAAAGUCACACUUUUUAUUUAUGAAAUAAUGGGUCUUGAUGGUAUCAGUGGAUGUGAAAACCACUAGGUGAGAGAUUAUUCUAAGAUUUUAAAGGACAGAGCAGAAUGACAACCCAUUAACCUAUAGUAACAUCUCUAAAUUAAAUCAGCAAGACUAUGUGCUUCUUGAUGUAAUGCAAUGGAUGUAUACUACCUGUGGAGUAUUCUUGUCCAAAAUAUUGAUUCAGAAGUGUAAUUUAGUCCCUAAACCUACCAGUUUACAGGAAACUUGGGAAAUAAAUGAACAAAUUCAUGACACAAAGAAGCAAACAGCCAAAUCCAGAAUGUGGGAAAUUCCACAAAAUUAAAGCCCUAGUUUCUUAACCAAUAUAUGUUAAGAGAAUAAAAACAGAAUUUUACAAAUUAAAAGAGACUUGAGACAUAUUAAUUAAAUACAGUGUAUGGAAUGUAUUGAGAUGCUUGUGUUAAAAUGUACCCAGGAUUUGCUUUAAUCAGGUAUGGUAAGUCACGAAGACAUGGAAAUGAUUAUGAUGAAGGAAGAAGCUUAUACGCGGAGAUUUCUGCAACAGGAGGAACUGAGUACACAUAGGAGAACAUGGAAGGAGCACCUAGUCCUGUUAGGAGGCAGAAGGCGGAAGAGGGCAGAGCAUGACUCAGAACCUUUACUGGAGUUUUCCCAGGAAGGAAUGGGUGACGUGAUGCCAGGUAGGUACACUGAGCAAGUUUAAGACUGGGUAGAUUGAAUAAUUUUGUGGGCUCUGAGCUCCAGUGGUGGUCCUCAGUUGUCCAGUACCUGGCCCUGGGGUGAUUUAGGGCAGGAGGAAUAUUGUCUUGGUGUGUGAGAGUUUGAUAAAGGAGAUGUUUGAUAAAGGGGUGUGGACUUUGGAUUGGUUGGUUUAUAUAUCAACGGCAUGCUUGCAGGAGGGUUGUUUGUCAAGGAAUUUGCGAGCCCUAGAAGUGGUAGUCUCUCCACGAUCAAGUCCCCAAAUGCCAGAACAUCAAGAAUAUGGAAAAUAAGAAAAUACAGGCAAUACAAUCCUGAUUUGGACAGAUAAAAAAAAAGACAACUUUUUACAUUAUUGUGAAAAAGUAAACCUAGAGUGGGUAUUAAAUUAUAUUAAAUAAUUAUUAUUCAUUUGUUAGGCAUGAUGAUGGCAUGGGUGUGGGUGUGUGUAUGUGUGUAUAAAUCCUUAUGCAUUAGAGAGCCAUACUGAAGUAUUCAAGGAUGAAAUUAUAUGUAUGAUUUGCUUUAUAAUACUAAAGAAAAAAUGGGAAGGAUAGAUGAAACAAGAUCGGAAAAAUGCUGUAAAUUGUUGAAGCCGGGUAAUGGGUACAUAGGGUUCACUGUGCUAUUCUUACUACCUUUGCAUAUAUUUGAAAACUUCCAUAAUAAAGUUUUUGUUUAAGUAGAAAAUAUGAAAUUUUAGACUACUUAGUGAUAAAUGAUAAUUUGAUCCCUACAGAUAAAAAUUUGUGGGAAGGGCUUCCCUGGUGGCGCAGUGGUUAAGAAUCCACCUGCCGGGCUUCCCUGGUGGCGCAGUGGUUGAGAAUCUGCCUGCCAAUGCAGGGGACACGGGUUCGAGCCCUGGUCUGGGAGGAUCCCACAUGCCGCGGAGCAACUAGGCCCGUGAGCCACAAUUACUGAGCCUGCGCGUCUGGAGCCUGUGCUCCGCAACAAGAGAGGCCGCGAUAGUGAGAGGCCCGCGCACCGCGAUGAAGAGUGGCCCCCGCUCGCCGCAACUAGAGAAAGCCCUCGCGCAGAAACGAAGACCCAUCACAGCCAAAAUAAAUAAAUAAAUAAAAUUAAAAAAAAAAAAAAAAAAAGAAUCCACCUGCCAAUGCAGGGGACUCGGGUUUGAGCCAUGGUCCAGGAAAAUCCCACACGCCACGGAGGAACUAAUCCCAUGCACCACAACUACUGAGCCUGCGCUCCAGAGCCUGUGAGCCACAACUCCUGAAGCCCGGGCGCCUAGAGCCCGUGCUCUGCAACAAGAGAAGUCACCGCAAUGAGAAGCCCCCGCUCACCGCAACUAGAGAAAGCCCGCGCACAGCAACAAAGACCCAACGCAGCCGAAAAUAAAUUAAAUAAAUAAAUAAAUUUAAAAAAAAUUUGUGGGAAGCCACCAAAGCUCUACUUUGUAGGAAAUAAACAACCUUAAUGCAUUUAGAAAACCUGGAUUGAGCAGUUAGUUCACGACUCUGUUACCACACAUACCGUGCCUGUCACAUAGCAGGCAGUUGACAGAAGUGUUGGGGAAAAAAAGCAUUAACUUAAGCCAGAAAACGUGUUUUUUACACGGGCUCUCAGCAGUGAAAGCGCGGAGUCCUAACCACUGGACUGCCAGGAAAUUCCCAGAAAACAUUUAUUUAUUUAUUUAUUUAUUCAUUUAUUUAAUUUAUUUUUGGCUGCGUUGGGUCUUGUUGCUGCGCGCGGGCUUUUUCUAGUUGCGGCGAGUGGGGCCCACUCUUCGUUGUGGUGCGCGGGUCUCUCAUUGCGGUGGCUUCUCUUGUUGUGGAGCAUGGGCUCUAGGCACGUGGGUUUCAGU